UAUAUAUAUGAAAUAAUGGCAGCAGUAAUAAAACAGAUGGAGUCAAAUACAUUUUUGACUUUAUGUCUUUACACAUGGCCAUAAAGGGGAAAAUAUUUGGAUAAUCAAGGACGUCUGGUUUUGUUAAGCUCUUCCGGGUCGGUCAGUAGGUUAGCUUCAUGUUAGCAUGCUCCUAGCUUACUCAGGUUGACUUUGAUCACUUCUCCUUUCGUUUUCGUUUUCAUUUCUCUUUUUAAAACUACACUCGUCAUUCGUGAUGAGCAUCAUGAUCAGACCAACAUUUCUGACCAGGUUCACCUCUCAGGCCCUGACCUGCACCAGAAGAUCAUUUCUUCUCUCGGGCUGCUAUCAGCCUCGUUCAGCUCACACUCCGUUCCUUCAGAGCUGUCGUGGAACCCUCACGCCAAAUAUCACAACCCUGGUCAGAUACUCUGACCUAUCAACACAGAAAUACUCUAUGAUUUACACCCUGCCUCAUAUUAGGCUCCUGAGAACUGUGUCCAGGCUCAAGCUGUUUCAGACUGCAGUCACAUUGGUCCUCUUGCCCCCGGUGUACUUCCUCUACUUCCAAGGAAUUGUCUCCCUAUUUCUAGUCAGCUACUCAACUGGGAUUGCUCUUUUUGCUGGUGGCAUGCUCUACAUUGCCAGUCACUUCUUCAGAAGAGUUGUGGGAAUGAUGUACCUGGACCCAUCCCUAACCACGCUCAAAGUUUCUCACCUCACUUUCUGGGGCAAGCGUCAAGACAUCUACCUUCCUGUGUCAGACAUUAUGACCAUUGCGGAUACUGGAGACUCUGCAAGUGAGACUAUACAGAAACUGAAGAGAUACAGCAGUCCAGACACAUUUUAUUUCUCCACUCGUUUUGGACGGGUCGUGGAUAAGCAAGGCUUUGAGAAAGUUUUCGGAAGUUUUCAAUAGUUGCUUGAAUAAGCGAUAGGACAGUAGGACUGGACUGAUGAAAAUGGAGUGAAUGUACAAUCACGGAUAUUGUUUGCACUGACUCUUAUUGAAAAUAAAUAGUAUAAAGAGGAAAAUUCUUGGCGAUUUAGAAAUUCUAUCAGUCUCUCACCAUUUUUAAGAAAUAGCUUGUAUGCUGCUGUAUUGGCAUUUAAGGAUUUUUACUUUUACACAUGCACACACAUUUGGACAGAACAUUUUUAAAACAACUCUUCAUUAUUCUACAACUAGUUUGCAUUAAAUACAGUUUAUGAUUUUGGAUGAUAUGUCACAAGUUUAAACUUUUAGCUUUUCUCUAGAUGACAAAGUUUCUCAUAACUGUAUGCCCACAGAAUACAGGAUCUAAAAAAAAACCCACCAAUGCACCAUGGAGGAAGAUCUCAGUCAUGCGACGUGUGAUAUCUUUUUAGACCAUCUCCAGUCCUACAAGUGAAGUCGCUCAAAACAAAAAAGUAACUUGAGUUCACACAACUAAAUUUAACAUGGUUUAAACAGCUAUUUUAUCCUGAACUUUUUUGUAAAGGCUGAAGAAAGUUGUCUGAGCUUACAGAAGGUACCAGGCUGUAAAGCCAGCAAAGAUGGCAACCCAGGCAGCCAGCGCCACCUGGCAGGGCAGAUGACCCACAAGCGUCUUGGCUAACUGGAAGGCAUAGGUUGGAUUCCCAUUUGCAGCUGUACAGAGGAGAGGGGGAAGGUUAGGCAUGGAGAACAGCUAAAGAAUGUCAAGUAAAUAAAGAAAUGUUUAUAUAACAGUUCUUCCACCAAGCAGUAAAUGAAACAAGCAUUUUAGUCAUCCAACAUCACUUCAACGUUGGGUUGAAAAAUAAAUCUAAUCUGCACUGAGGAGGAAUAAACCACAUUGACACUUGCAUUCUUUAGUAUUUUAAACUAUCUUGUCAACAUUCAAUAUCUAUGCAUCUAUGCACCAAAAAUCUGGAACAAACUUCCAGAAAACUGUAAAACAGCCGAAACACUGACUUCCUUUAAAUCUCAACUAAAAACCCACUUGUUUAGAGUUGUAUUUGAAACUUGGUCAAUUACAAAUUUAAUGACGGAACCUGACUUGAUGUUGUUUUUAUUGUUGAUUCUAUGUUGCAUUGUGUUUCUGUGUCUGAUAUGAUGUAAAGCACUUUGAAAUACCUUGCUGCUGAAAUGUGCUAUGCAAAUAAAAUUUGAUUGAUUGAUUGAUUGA